AUGGUGGACCUUUCCCUAUACCUGGUCACAGACUCGACCCCCGCCAUUCUGAAGGGUCGAGACCUGUGCACGGUUGUCGAGGAGGCCCUCAAAGGAGGUGUCACGGUGGUGCAAUACCGAGACAAAACCAGCGAUACCGGCGUCUUGAUUGAGACGGCCAGAAAGUUGCACAGCCUUUGCCAGUCUUAUGGAGUGCCUUUAUUGAUCAAUGAUCGAGUUGAUGUCGCCGUUGCCAUCGGGGCAGAGGGCGUUCACCUUGGACAAGAUGAUAUGAAAUUCGAGGAAGCCAAGAGGCUUUUGCCGAAAAAUUCCAUUAUCGGAAUCAGCACAUCUUCCAUCGAGGAAGCUCAGAAGGCCAUUGCCGACGGAGCUGACUAUCUUGGCAUUGGGACAAUAUUUGCCACUCCGACAAAGACUAACACCAAGUCCGUCAUUGGAACUGCAGGAACUCAGGUCAUCCUGAGCGCCAUCAGCGAUGCCACACAUGUAGGCACCGUCUCCAUUGGCGGAAUCAACCACUCCAAUGUGCAACGAGUCCUGUAUCAGUCCCAGUCUCCUAAGAAAUCCCUGGACGGCGUCGCCAUUGUCAGUGCCAUCAUGGCAGCAGACGAUCCCAAAGCCGCCACCGAGGAGUUCGCUAGACUUAUCAAAUCUCCACCCUCGUUUGCACUGACUCCGAGGUCUGCACGGGCCAACGAGGCCGAGGCACUGAUCCAAGAGGUGCCCCAGAUUGUUCGCAAGAUGGUCGAGGCGCACCCCUUGGUACACAACAUGAUAAAUUUCGUGGUUGUCAACUUCGUCGCCAAUGUUGCUCUCUCAAUCGGUGCAUCGCCUAUCAUGGCUCCUUACGGAGAGGAAGCUGCGGACUUGGCUAAGUUGGAUGGGUCUCUCCUCAUCAACAUGGGCACCCUGAACGGCGACAGCGUACCUAGCUACUUGAAAGCCCUCAAAGCGUACAACGCGCGUGGUGCGCCAAUUGUCUACGACCCGGUCGGGGCAGCUGCGACUGAGAUUCGCCGUAACGCGGUCUCGACCCUUAUGGCUGGAGGCUAUUUUGAUCUUGUCAAGGGUAACGAAGGUGAAAUUCGGCAAGUCUGGGGUACCAAUGUCGUGCAGCAGCGCGGCGUUGAUAGUGGGCCAAGCACGCUCGACGACCAAGAAAAGGCUCGUCUGACUCGUGACUUGGCACGGAGAGAGCGCAACCUUGUGCUGAUGACUGGUGCUGUUGACUAUCUCAGCGACGGCGAGCGUGUGAUUGCUGUCGAGAACGGCCACCACUAUCUUGGCCAAGUAACAGGAACUGGCUGCGCUAUUGGCACCGUUGCAGGUUGCUUCCUUACUGCCCACCGUUCGGACAAGCUCCUUGCCGUCCUGUCGGGCAUUCUGAUGUAUGAAAUCGCGGCCGAAAAUGCGGCGUCCCAAGAAUAUGUCCGUGGACCUGGUAGUUUUGUUCCCGCUUUCCUCGACGAACUAUACGCUAUCCGCACGGCCGCGGCAAAGGGUGACGACAGCUGGUUUGUUGGUCGGGCGAAGGUGCAUGAAGUCAAAGUCUAUUGCUCCGAAGUUUCCCUUCGACCGCUUCCCCGCAUCUCCGAGUUCCCCGCCGGUGCUCGCCGUGCUACUCUUUACUUCUUCACACCUGCCUCCCCCUUUACUACACACAUCAUCUUAAAAAGAUACAACCUCCGCCAUGGCUUCUUUAUCGCGCGCGAAUCGGAUUGCAUUUGCGACAUCCAAGAGAAGUUCCGCGGCAUCUAUGAAUUCCCUAAGCUCAUUUCAACGACCUCCAAAAUGCUCCGCGCUGCUCAAACCCUCCAAAUACCUGUUUACAUAACUACCCAAAACCGCGCAAAACUAGGACUCACUGUCCCCGAGCUCCAGCCCCAUCUGAGCGGCCCGCACAUCCGCGCGGACGUCGACAAGACACUCUUCUCAAUGUUAACCCCCGAGAUCGAGUCCAAACUCCCUGCCAACGUUGACGUGAUCAUUGUGGGCAUUGAGACUCAUAUCUGUGUUACGCAGACGACGCUAGACCUUCUGGCGAGAGGAAACAGAGUCUACAUUCUAGUUGAUGGUGUGAGUAGUAUGAAUCCUGAGGAGAGGGUGAUUGCGCUUGCGAGGCUUAGAGAUGCGGGGGCGAUUGUUACGACUAGCGAGAGUGUACUUUUCGAGAUUCUGAGAGAUGCGGGACAUGAUUCGUUUAGAGAUGUUAGUGGGCUGGUGAAAGAGACAAAGGAGGAGACCAAGAGCGCUCUUGGGGUUUUUUCAAAGAUCUAG